ACGCGAGAAGAUCAAGAGUGCGAAGCGUGCAGGUUUAAGGUCGAUCCCCGGCAUCAUGAAGAUACUCGCGACACACAUUCCUGCGAUUUUUCUCGUAAUUGGUUUCUGCUCGUCGAACGUUGCUGUCGAGGCGAACGGCGACCAGGCAGACAACGACACCGUCUCGAAGAGAUCCGAGUCAACGGGGGAGGAACAAUCGGAUCUGCCGAUUUUGCCGCCGAUAAUUCUGUUGGACUUCGGCAACAAUACGGAAGACGAAAACGUCACGUCCGAGGAGAAGUCGAAGCGCACGGUGAACGGCGGUCUAGGUUACGGCCUCGACGGGAACACCGUGCAAAUACCGAGAAAGUACAACUAUUAUUUCCCAGCUGGGAAAUCGGGGACGACGGUGAGCAUCGAGGAAUCGAUCAGCCCUUUCCUGCCGAAGACGAUAAUCGAGAGGGUGCUGCCCGGCAAUCAAAAGGGUCAUUUCGCCGAUAUUAACGGCCCGGGUCAAACGGAUCCCCGACAUUUGAAUUUCGAUCAGUCCGCGAGAUCUCAGCCCGUGUUCGGUUUACGAACGCGGCCGCAAAAGACCGUAGGAAGUUCCAGUUCCGAAUCGUACCAAAACUUCUUCGCAACGGCGAAACCGCCAGCCAGCUCAUUCGCAAUUCAAAAUCCGGGAUAUAGGAGCAAUAAUUUCCCAACUACGACACAAUCACCUUUGGCAGCUAGCGUCACAGAGACGCUCAGAUACGUAACUCCAACGCCGGCCAACUUCGCAAAUCCGCAGAGCGGUUCGUUAAACUACGUUACUGCGGAUCCCUUCCCCCAUAACGGGAACGGUGAAACUCACACAAGCCAGCGGCAGAAUAUUCAAUCCAAUAUCAAUUCCCACCGUUUCGGCUCCGUUUCUCAGAGUGUCGAGUCCACCACCGCCACUCCGUUGAACUACGAUCCUCCUCAUUUCCGUAGCGCCGGCUCGCCAUUGUCGAACACCAGCCCGAGGUACACCGUGGAAAAUGGUAUUCGCUACGAGAACAAAAUCUUUUGGAAAUAUCCGGACGGCAGGGUGUCCGACGUUCCGCCUGCUACCUACGUCGAGUAUCAGCGACCGUCGUCGACGCAGCAACACGCAAAAUCUCAGGACCCUCGUCCGAUUUACGAGGGCAGUUCCACGGAGAACGGCGUCCUCUCGCAGGGACCGUUGCAAUUCCCUACGGUGUCCGAGCAGACCGGAGGAGAGGCAAACACGUUCGUUUCCGCGGAAUCCUUCUCCGCGAGCUUGCCGCAGCAACAAGUGUACCGGCUCGGUUAUCAGAAUUUAGUGAAUCAGAGACAGCACGUAAACUUGCAACAGCGGCAACCAACUUCCUAUUCUUUCGCCUCCGUUUCCUCGGAGAGAGGGAAGCCCAGUCCGAUCGGAUCCAACGUCAACUACGGCUCUCGUUAUCGGCAAACCUCGUCGAGGUACAUGGUGAACAGUCCAAAUCCGGAGUACACGACGGAGCCAACCAUUAACAGCACCGCGUCUCUCAAUUCCAUCUCCACCUCGUCGACUGUACGUCCGUCGUCUCGAACCAAGUACGAUCCGAAAAUACGCGACUAUCUGGACACGAUACUCGGCGAAAACGGAGAAUCGGCGAAACAGAGUUUCAGCGGCAACAGCGACUUGAACAGUUACUCGAACCUUCAGUACUCGGAUCUAUUGAACUACAACCCGUCAAUCUCGGAAUAUGUUAGAAACCCUUCGUCCAUUUUAAACGUUCGGCCAACUUUCGUGCAAGCUGGGAAUUCCUUGAUACCGGUUAUUAUACUCAGAGUGGAUGGUGCUUCUCCCAUUCAAACGAAGGACACGCAGAACGUUAAUCUGAAGGCUCUGCUUCAGCAGUACUUGAUUCAGUACGCCAAGAGCAUUCAACAAUUGGCGCAACCGUCUACGUACAAUCUCGGAACGGAAUCCUUUCCGAGACGUUCCGCGACCGGGUCCGACAAAAGUCCCAUAUUGGAUUUAAUCCGAUUGGCCGAAGGCGAUGAACGCGAGCCGCCCAGCUAUCAUUCCAAUUCGUACGUCGGCAAGUCGAGUUACGAAACGAGUAACGUAGGCGAUUCGCAGGAUUUUACUAGCAGCCGUUACGUCGAACGAUCGACAGGUCGGCAGAAAACGAAGAGCGUUCAAAUUCUAGAUAAUCCGAAAUACAGCACCGCCUACAAAGUUAAUAAAUGAGCGUCUCGGUUGUUAAAGCGAGACAUUUGGCACAUCUACUGUUGCAUCGUUCUUCGAGACGCUUUGUGCCAUUGAACCUGGAAAGUAUGUUAUGAUUUAACGGAUUAAUACUCGGUAGUAUUUAAUAUGGGAUUGUGCAAUAAAGUUUCGCUAUAUGUACAUACAUUGUACCUGGACGAAUGCUUCUUUGAAAGCUGCAGAAUAAAUUUCUGGACUUUGAAGAGUUAGUCGUGCUCAAGGCAGACCGUUGCUUUGAAAUUCUACCUGUUGUCGACCAAAUUUUUCACUUCAAGAAGGUACCUUAUAAAGUUAGCUCUUAAGGAUCUGGUAUGAAGCAGUACAUUUAUACUAUUGUAUAUAUGUAUGUUUGUCUACUUAAAUAAAGUUUGUACGUAAGCGAACGAGUCUUGCAUUCUCUCUGAAUUUGUUUGAAUGAGAUUAUUAACGCACGAUAUCACGGUGUAUAACAUUUGAAAAAGUCAUAUAUAUAUUUUUUUUAAAUAAAAUAAAAUUAAUAAAAGUUUGUUUACACGAAUUUGUCGGGAAACAAGUAAUUCACGCACAGAGUGUUUAAAAAGAGGAGUUGAUUUUUUUGCAAUUGCUUUCAAGGCAUAUAUUGAUCAGACAUUUUUUGCAUCCUUUGUUGAUUACCUUCACGCCUUUCAAAUAUCGAACCUUCUUUUUUUAACACUCUGGUCUACUGAUUCUCUCCUCUAUAAUAAAACUUCAAGUUCAAAUAUAAUAGUAGAAUUUAUUUAUGUGAAAGCCAUUUAUAUGAACAAAAUUUUUAAUGGUGCCUAAUUACCUGAACUCCAGCUGAACUCUUGCUAUAUGAACUACCAUCGUGCGUCAAUCCAUUUAUAUAAAUGUAUAUUUACAAAAUGUUUCGUGAAGUCCUCUUAUAUAAAUGCGAACUCCGAUUAAUUAAACGAAAAAAUGACAGAUAGCGAGGAACAACCUGAUUAUAUUGGUCUUGUACUCUUGUUCUCAAUUCAUAUAAACAAAGUUUUACUCUAACAAGUAGAUUUAAUCAAUAAAAGUUCAUUUAAUCGAGUAUUGAUUAAAAUUUGUUUCAAAUAAAUGGGGUAUUGUAUAUAAUACGUUCUUGCUAUAUACAGGUAUUUCAUCUUAUUCAUUUGACAUUUUAAUUAUUUUCAAUAUUACAAAAAAAAAAGAUAAAUAUUGUGCAUAAUUUUUCUUGACAAAAUCAUACUUUUCGAGGUUUCAAUAUUAUCGUCGUAUUUUUAAUCAUGAUAUAUUUCUUUCCAUAUUAUUUUAGUCGAGAAAAUGAGUUUCAACCAUGUUUGAUGUGUCUAUCUUUUUUUAACCUGGUAUGACAGAUAUGUGUGAUGUAUAAUUUUCUUCUUUUUGUUUCAAAUUUUUAUUUUACAAGAAAUAUUAAAAUUGUGGAAAUUGUGUAUGAAGUUCUCCCCAUCGCGCAAGAAUUUUUUUUUCAUAAAAAGUAAAGAUUCUGCUGCAGAAAACACGUAAGAAAACAUUUUACAUACAUACGUACACUGUCAUUUCUUCAGCUAUGAUCGAGAAUGUAACCUCAUGUAUCACACUUUAUGUAUCGUUUCCGAAAAUAUGUAUUUUAAAGCUAAGGGACACAUUAAACAUCUAAGGAAUAUUUCAUUUAUAAAAGAAAUAUGAAAAUCUUCAAUUGAUCGUUUUCCUCCAAAUUGCCAUGAUUUUUUUUUUUUUUUUUAUAUCAGAUCGUCUGAAAAUCAAUGCAUAAUACAUAUCCAAAAUGCAUGUUCCUUUGGCUACUAUAGUAUGAAAAGAAAAAUAUGUCAUCACUGAAAACUCGAAAAG